AUGGGUGCUGACGGCAGUGCCGAAAGCCGCAAGCGCACUCGAGCUACACCCGCAGCUCGAGAACCCGCGAUUCCAUGGUCGUUCAAAAGGCGAAAGCUGGACGCCAAUGGCAAUCCUCUCGCAUCGUCCCCGACGACACCCAAAACCACACCCGGAGCUGCUUCAUCGACCGUCAAGAAGACUGCGCGCAAGAUAGGGUCGUCUCCCGCCUCCGCUUAUGACGUAUCGGACUCCCCUGAAGACAACCCGCCACAACGGAUCCGAAAUGUCAGGAGCGUCGACCGACCGACUGGCAAAGUCCCAAUCCCACCCCGCCGCAACAUAGAAGAUGAUAUCUACGAGAUACCUGGCUCCGAUGAUGAGCUACACUCGAGCCCGAAGGAUGUGAAUUCGCUCAAGACGAGUCCUACCAAGAGGAAGAGCAUCGGUGCGGUCAAUGGCGGGGCGAGCGAGGCUGAUACAGGCAUCAUGGUCAAACAGCGCACAUCUCGAAAGCAGGAAAUGAAGAUGAAGGACCACCGUAACAAAGAGGUUGCCACGAUAGAGGAGUCCUCGCAGGUACGAUCGAGUGGAAGACGUAGGAUCCCAACCGCGAAAGUACUCGAAGUGCAGGAAGAGAAAAUGGCAAGUCGUUCAGCCACCACAACGUCCCGCGUAAAGUCGUCUGCAGCAGCACAGGAUGCCCUGGAAUCGAAAAAGGCCACCACGAGAACGGAUCGUAUCAUCUCUAUGCCCCUGAAAGGCAUCUUGACCCCGUCCAAGCGGGACGGUACGCCAAGGAGAAGCAAGAGCGUCGCCUUUGACUCGUCUAAUGCUCAGGAUACAGAGGAGGUUUUCUUCGAAGAUCUUCCAAUUAAGUCUGCGACCAAAUCCGGCGGAGGUGGGAAGCCACCGCAGAAGCUUGCGAGUACGAAAACAACAGCGAAAAACCCCGUCAAGCCACGAAAAGCGCUUGCAAAGAUGAUCGAGGAAGGGCCGACGGCGGAGGAAACCGAGUCACAAGAAGAGGAACAGGCGGCUGCGGAGAAGUCAGACGAAGACGAGGACGAGGACAUGAUCGAGGAAGGGCCGACGGCGGAGGAAACCGAGUCACAAGAAGAGGAACAGGCGGCUGCGGAGAAGUCAGACGAAGACGAGGACGAGGACGUCUGCCUGAUAUGCUCAAAACCGGACUCCAAGGCUGGAAACCAGAUUAUGUUUUGCGAUGGCUGCGAUAAGGCCUACCACCAAAAGUGCUACAAAGUCCCUAAAGUUCCCCGUGGCGACUGGUACUGUAACGAGUGCCUUGACCAAAAACAAUCGCGAGCGGCGGCUGCGGAUGAGGCGGUCAAGAUACCCAACUUCCAGCAGCACUUGAGUAAACUGAAAAGGGUGCUACUGGAUCGUUGUACUGGGCGCAGACGAAUCAAGCUGAUUGACCAGGAUGAUGCCAUGAAGAAAGCACACCAAGUGGUCGAGCAGACGGUAUUAUCGGGAGAAGGGAACUCGAUGCUCAUCAUUGGCGCCAGGGGCUGUGGCAAGACUACACUCGUUGAGAGUAUCAUCGACGACAUGUCUCUUCAGCACAAGAGUGAGUUUCAUGUGGUGAGGUUGAACGGAUUCAUUCACACAGACGACAAGCUGGCCCUCAAGGAGAUCUGGCGGCAGUUGGGCAAGGAGAUGGAUGCCGAGGAUGAGGUCAAUGCCCGGUCAAAUUACGCCGACACCAUGGCCUCGCUGCUCGCGCUUCUCUCACACCCUUCAGAAAUGGCCCAGGCGGAAGAGGGCGUGACGUCGCAGGCUGUCGUCUUUGUCGUUGACGAGUUUGACAUGUUUGCCGCGCAUCCCCGCCAGACCCUGCUCUAUAAUUUGUUCGACAUUGCGCAGGCGCGGAAGGCCCCCAUCGCAGUGCUGGGCUGCACAACCCGCAUGGAUGUUGUGGAGAUGCUCGAGAAGCGUGUCAAGAGUCGAUUCAGCCACCGCUACGUUUACCUGUCGCUCCCGAAGAGCUUGCCGGCGUACUGGAAAGUGUGCAGACAAGGCCUGGUCGUGGACGAUGAGGAUAUGGAGGCCGAAGGCAUCGACGUGAGUGUUGAUGGGCACGAAGCUUUCCAUGCCAACUGGAAGGCAAUGAUCGAGAGCCUAUACAAGGAGAAGUCAUUCCAGAACCUCCUGCAGUAUCACUACGCAACUUCAAAAUCUGCCUCGGACUUCCUGGCAGAAUGCAUCGUUCCGCUAUCAUCCAUGUCGGCGGAUUCCUUGGAACUUGUCGUCCCGCCACAGACCGGCCCCGUCGUCUCACUCACGCCGCCAAACUCCAAGCUGCACAUCCUGCCGUCGCUCUCGGAGCUGGACUUGGGUCUGCUCAUCGCGGCGGCGCGGCUCGACAUCGUGGCGCACACGGACACAGUCAAUUUCGCGAUGGCGUACGACGAGUACGGCUCGCUGAUGGGCCGGCAGCGUGUGCAGUCUGCAAGCUCGGGCAUGCUGGCGCUAGGCGGCGGCGUGCGGGUUUGGGGCCGCGGAGUCGCGGGGCUGGCGUGGGAGCGUCUCGUGGCGUUGGGGCUGCUGGUACCGGCUGGGCUUGGGACAGGCCGGGCUUCAGGGUACGGCGGGCUAGAGGGCAAGAUGUGGAAGGUCGACAUGGCGCUCGAGGAGAUACCUGUCGGGGUGAAACUGAAUAAUGUGCUGGCGAGGUGGUGUAAGGAGAUUUGA